AAGUCAUCCAAAUUGGCAUUACUCACCCCAUGUUCCGCGUUGGUCUCAAGCUUUCAUUUCUCGAAAUUCUCUCUUGACUAUCUUCUCCCGUUUGGUUCAAAAUCAAAAUCUCUCGCGCUUUCCUCUCACAGAUCCCUCUGCGAUUAUCUCCAAAAGGGAUCAACAGCUAGGGAAGAGAAAUGGGGCUGACAUUCACGAAGCUUUUCAGCCGGCUUUUUGCCAAGAAAGAGAUGCGAAUUUUGAUGGUUGGUCUUGAUGCAGCUGGUAAGACUACCAUCUUAUACAAGCUCAAGCUUGGAGAGAUUGUCACCACAAUUCCCACCAUUGGUUUUAAUGUGGAGACUCUGGAAUAUAAGAACAUCAGUUUCACCGUGUGGGAUGUUGGUGGUCAGGACAAGAUUCGUCCCUUGUGGAGGCAUUACUUCCAGAAUACGCAGGGUCUCAUCUUUGUGGUUGACAGCAACGACAGAGACCGUGUUGUUGAGGCUAGGGAUGAAUUGCAUAGAAUGUUGAAUGAGGAUGAGCUGCGAGAUGCAGUUUUGCUUGUAUUUGCAAACAAGCAGGAUCUUCCAAAUGCAAUGAAUGCUGCAGAAAUUACUGAUAAGCUUGGUCUCCAUUCCCUUCGACAGCGUCACUGGUACAUCCAGAGCACCUGUGCAACCUCUGGUGAGGGGCUUUAUGAGGGUCUGGACUGGCUUUCAAACAACAUAGCUAACAAGGUCUGAAGCCAUUGAGAAGAUUUUUGCAAUAUGGGAAAUUCUGGAUGCAGGGGUGAAUAUUAUCUAGUUUCUUUUUCUUUUUUUAUAAUAUCAGUCUCCUUUUCCCCCAGUUUUCAUCUGAGACAGUUGGAUUGAUGUUAUGCCCUUUUUUCUUUUGGUGAUGCGCAUUUUAGUUAGGACUUUAUGGCUAUAUAUUGUAACAAAAAACUGGUUGGUUGGAUAUAUAUAUACCUUUGGGUUGCAAUGUUUCUGGCUGUAA